AAUUGAAACCAAUCCUAAGCUCCUUUUAUCCCUGCUCUAAAGGUAGUCCCGAUUAUUGCUGACUUAAGCAUUGAAGUGUCUACCCCGAGACCCAUCUCGGGGCUUUGCAGGUCAAUCCGAAAUGCAGACGUAGACUGAAGAAGGACUUCUGGUUUGGUGCAAUUACAUUUGGCGCCGUCUGUGGGAAUCCGAACUGAAAGUUCUUUCGUUGCUCUCACCAUGGUUAACACUCGAUCAGUCCGAGCUGGAAACUCAUCUCAACCUCUUGGACGAGAAGGAGGAGAUGAAAAUCAACCACACAACUCAGCUCACAGUUCCGGUUCCAUCGCCAACCAAGACGUAGUUGCAGCUCAACUUGCUGCCAUGCAACAACAGUUUGCUCCACAGCAAAACCCCGAACCAGUUCAGCAUGCUCCUGCUCUUAGUGAAUCCCAAGGUCAGUCUCACGUAGCACCAGCUCAGCAACCCCUUCCUGAUGAUGUCACUCGACGUCUCGAUAGCUUAGAAAAGCUAGUGGCUGAACAAUACCCCAGCUUGAGACUUAUGAUGGGACGAAGGAUCCCGAUGAUCACCUACAUGCUUUCUACUCUUGCAUUCUACCUCCGAGGUCAAUCAGCUUCUAUACAGAAAUGGCAUCUGCUUUUGUCACAAAGUUUUCCAGUAGAAGUAUUAGAGGUUAGCUCCUUUGACCAGGCUGUGGGAAUUGCAGCUGUGAUCUCAGGUCUUGGCCACGAGCGAUUCAGAGAUAGUUUGAUCAAACACCUUGCCACCACCUUUAGCGAGGUGAAUAAUAGAUCUUUAAAAUUUAUAACUGCUGAGGAAUAUGCCCUGUCACAGAACCCAACUCCCUCUAAGAACCAAAACCCAGACUGGAGAGAUGAGAAUCCGAGCAGGAAACGGAUGAGGACAACACAGAACCGAGGUCCGAUGCCAACCUCCACACCAAGGUCACAGAUCUUUAUGCAAAUUAAGAACAAGAUGGACUUAAGGCAUCCUGGUCCAAUGAAAAUUGCCGCUGCUAGCCAAGAUCAUACUAGAUAUUGUGAUUUUCAUCAAGAUCACGGUCAUACAGCAGAGCAAUGCAACAGUCUGAGGUUUGAACUGGAAAGCUUAGCUCAGAAGGGAAUGCUGAAUGAGUACAUUCAGAGAGCUGAACAAUCGCGGUUUGUCAGAGAACAGGGACCACAGCCCCAAGGAGUCCGUAAUCCACCAAACAGACAAGGAGUGGGACAUCAACAAGCCCCACCUCCACUCCCACCACCAGCCAGAAUUAUUCACAUGAUUACCGGAGGAUUGGAAGUAGGAGGGUUGAGCUCCAAACAGAGAAAGUUGCCACAGAAAGACAAAGACCAACCAGCAGAGAACCCUCCACAGGGAGUCCAGGACAAUCGACAAGUGAUGGGGGUUGAAAUCCUUGAUAACCGACCUGAAGAUGAAACCCGAGCUGCUCCGGGUGAAGAUGUUGAGGAAGUACAGAUUGAUGAAACAGAUCCGAACAGGAAGAUAUAGAUAGGAACUCAGUUGAAGCUUUAGGAGAGAGCAGAGCUGAUAACCUUCCUCCGAGCUAACAAAGAUGUUUUCGCAUG